AUGCCUGAUGCUGUGCGGCCGCCUGUGUUGUCACUGUUAGCACAGUUAUCACAGUUGCCUUGUGUUGGCGGUGAUGGCAGGGAUGGCAGGGAUGCCAGUGAUGGGUGCUAUGCUUGUAUUGGUCCAUUUCUAGGCCCGAAUCAGGCGGCAGUUAUCGGCAAAACACGGCGCCCGAGGACUGCAUUCACGAGUCAACAGCUUCUGGAGCUCGAGAACCAGUUCCGGAUGAAUAAGUACUUGUCUCGACCCAAACGCUUCGAAGUGGCCACUAAUCUCAUGCUCACCGAAACACAGAAUUUUUAA